AGUGUAACAGUUAAGCCUGACAAUCUGGAGAGCCUUCAGUCAAUGAUUAACUUUUUGGACAUGUUGGGAAGACUUCACUGUGCACAGAAAGCAACAAGUGUUUGCAGAAGAAGACAGAGAUAAAAGCAGAAAAUGUUGUGACGGACUCCUGACCCGAGGACCUCACUGGUCAGACAGAGGGGGUGUGCUUGCUCGAGGUUCUACUUCACCUGCUUCCACUGCUAUUUUUGGAUUCACUGCGUUCGUCUCGCUGCUGGGAACAUGUCGUCCUUUUCCGUACCUCCACCAAAAUGCCUAAAGAAACCGCUGGCCGUUCCACAUCGUUACAUGUUUGGACCGGGACCUUCCAAUGUUCCUUCAAGAAUUUUAAUGGCUGGGAUCAAUCCUGUCAUUGGACACAUGCAUCCAGAGAUAUUUGAGAUAAUGAAUGACAUCAAAAGUGGGAUCCAGUACAUGUUCCAGACUCAGAACAGCAUGACUUUAGCUGUGAGCGGCACCGGCCACACCGCCAUGGAGUGUGCCAUCUUCAACACAGUGGAGCCCGGGGACAGCGUUCUGUCUGCAGUCAAUGGCAUAUGGGGCGAGCGAGCGGCAGAUAUGGCUGAGAGGAUAGGUGCCAGAGUGAACACCAUCGUGGCGCCCCCUGGUGGCUUCUUCACCAACGCAGAAAUUGAGCAGGCCUUAUCGAAAUACAGGCCGGUGGUGCUCUUCCUUGCACAUGGAGAGUCUUCCACAGGAGUCUUGCAUCCUUUAGAUGGCAUCGGGCAGCUGUGCCAUAAGUAUGGCUGUUUGUUACUCGUCGACUCUGUGGCGUCAAUUGGAGGAGCUCCUCUCUGCAUGGACCAGCAAGAGAUAGACAUCCUCUACACAGGCUCCCAAAAGGUUUUGAAUGCUCCUCCGGGUACAGCACCCAUCUCCUUCAGUGAAAGGGCAUGCCAGAAAGUAUUCAACCGGAGGACGAAGCCUGUGUCCUUCUUCUUGGAUUUGAGUUGGCUUGCAAACUACUGGGGAUGUGAUGGCAAGCUGUCAAGAGUAUAUCACCACACAGGUCCAGUCACUGCUUUCUACUCUCUGAGGGAGAGUCUGGCUGUCCUUGCUGAAGAGGGUCUGGAAAAGUCGUGGGAAAGACAUGAAAAAGUGGCAGAGUAUUUCCACGCUGGCUUAGAGAGCAUGGGUCUCAAACUUUUUGUCAAAGAAAAGAAAGCAAGACUGCCUACAGUCACCACUAUUGUUGCUCCUCAUGGAUAUGACUGGAAAGAGAUCACAACCUACAUCAUGAAAACGCAUAAUUUAGAGAUUUCCGGAGGGCUUGGUCCAUCUGUUGGCUUGGUGCUGCGUGUGGGACUUAUGGGAUGUAACAGCACAAAGGACAGUGUUGACAUGGUGCUGGAAGCACUGAAAGAUGCUCUGAAACACUGUCACAAAAGCAAAGUGUAACAUGUUGCUGUUGGAUGCUUUGGAGAAAGUCCUGAAUAAAUGUUGUUGUUAUAA